AUGCUUGAGGACACGGUGUCCGUGUCUGGCAAGAGGACUGUGGGCGAGAGCUGUGUCGGAGCGGGCGGGCGGUGUGUGGGCGGUGCUGGUGGGCGGGAGUGUGCGUGGGUGGAGGGCGGGAAGGGCCGCCCACUGCAGCAGUCUGACUGUGGACCCGGAGAGACGUGCUGCUUCUCUGGGUCACCACCGGGGUCACCAUCGGAGUCAACAACACAACUGGAAGGCAGACUUACGAGACGAGAGACAGCGGAGGACUUUGAAGGUCUUCACCAACCUCGAGGGAAGACGCACGAGAGAGAACAGGAACGGAAGUCACAAAGGAGAAAACAAAUGAAUAUCAGCAGGCACCGGGAUAACAGCAGACCCGGGGAUAAGGCCAGUAAAAAUCUAAAAAUGGGUGAAGGAAAAACAAGUAGAAAAGAGAAUAAUUUGGAAAGUGUUGCAGCAGCACCAGGAAGAAAAGCAAAGACGAUGAAUUUAAAGAACAACGCAAAACUUAAGAAAGAAUUAGAAUCAAACGGCGUUGAGGCAACACACUCCAGGAGGAACUCAAAGAAAACAAAGGGUAACAACUCCACGGAGAAGACAGCUAGAAAAACAAAAAGCCUACAAAAUAAAAUUAAGCAAAAGAUAAUCAAGAAAACAAAGAAAACGCAACCAAAGAAACCUGAAAAAAUACGAUCAAAGAAAAAUAACAAAACUCUAUCAAAAAAGCCUCAGAAAACGCAACCAAAGAAAUCUAAGAAAACACUACCAGAGAAGAACAAGAAAAAUCUAUCAGAGAAAACAAAGGAAAGAUUUCCGAAGAAAGUAGAUAAAUUGCGACCAGGGAAAACGAAGAAAACGCUGUCAAAGAACACGAAGAAAAAUCUUACAAAGAAAGUAAAGAAAAUGCAGCCCCCCACAAUUAAGAAAAUGCAACAGGAAAAGACGAAGAAAAAACAAUCAACGAAAUUGAAGAAAACGCUACAAAAUAAAACAAAACAAACACUAAGAAAGAAAACAGAAUUUCAGGGGAAAGAAAAGAAAAGGAAAAAUAAAACACGUAAGACUAAAACGAAAAAUAAAAAGAACAAAAAGGCAAAGAAUGUUGUCAAAAAGAAGAAAACCAACAAAGGAAAGAAAAGUAAUAAGAACAAAAAAGGGCAUUUGAACAAAACCAAAUCCCAGUCCAAAAUCUCGUCUAAGAAAGGCAGCAAAUCUUCCAAGAAAAAGGAGAAGGCCAAACAACUGGGGCGCCAAGAGACGAAGACAGGAGAGAAGGAGAAGGAGACAUCUUCGAGGCAAGAUUCAGGGUCGAAGAGAAAGUGUAGGAGGAGCAAGAAGUGUUCAAGAGCCGGAGGAAGGUGUACCAAUGGUCAGUGUUCCACUAAGGUCAUCGCGGGACGCACCAAUUGUAAAGGGAAUUCUUGCGUCUGCUGUCGUCUAGAUUGCAAAGUCAAAAAGAGCUGCAAGAAGUACUCUGGUAAAUGCAAGGAGAAGUGCUCCCGUCUGGAGCGCGAGAUCACCAAAGGCUGCGGUGGACGAGGCUGCAGGUGCUGCGUCGCGGACUGUAAGAUCAGACCCAAGUGUAAGAGGGCCGGGGGCUCCUGCAGCAGCACGAGGUGCUCCUCCAGCCAGCAGGAGGUGAAGGGCGGGUGUCAGGGCUACCAGUGCAGCUGUGGAGGAGACCAGGGCCAGCUGUGGAGGAAACUAGAGCCAGGUGUGGAGACUAGAGUCAGCUGUGUUGGAGAUCCUGGCCAGCUGGAGCAGGGGGUGGACCUCACACCUGCCUUAACAACUCCAUCAUGA